AUGCAGUACUUUAUCCUCCAGCAGAUAUAUUUAUCUGCGUCAAAGGCUGUCAGACCUCACUUUGGCGGCCAAGAGCCCAAUUUUCGUGUCGUGACGCUGCUCGAGCCCCCCAAAAAGCAAAUGAUCUUGUACCUGGAACAGGAACAUCUAGGACAGCCAAUCACCGAGGUUCCGACUCGAUUGGCCCGCGUCGAAGUAAUUGUCAAGGGCAGUCGUGACGAAAACCAGUUGUUUGAGCUCACCGUGGACCUCGACAGCGACAAGGUCGUUCAGAAACAGCACCACAAGGGCAAACAUUCUUACAUUGACUCGGACUACAUGCAGGCAGUGGAAAAGGCCUGCCUCGCCGACGACAAUGUUCAAGCAGAAAUUAGCACACUCAAGCUACCCCCCGAGGCGACCGUGGUCGUAGAGGCCUGGGCGUACGCCACCGAUGGCAUGAAUGACAUGACGGAGCGACUGACAAUGUGCUGGUUCUACAUGCGCUUUUCGGACAAUGCCGACGCCAACUACUAUGCCUAUCCGCUUGACGUUUGCGCCGAAGUCUCAGAGAGCCUGCAAGUCACCAAGAUUUACCGCCUGCCUGCCAAGCCGAGCGAACGAAUUCACCAAGAAAAGCGGCCGUAUGACCGCCGCAAGAUGCAUUCCACCGCCGCGAGCGAGUAUCAUCCCAAUCUGCGCCCAAGUCCAAGAACAACCACGAAGCCGUACCAGGUCGUCCAGCCGAACGGGCCGUCCUUUCGCAUCGAGGGCAACCACCUGGAGUGGGAGAAAUGGAGCUUUCGAGUCGGCUUCAACUACCGCGAGGGCCUGACGCUGCACGACAUUCGUUUUGACGGGCGCAGCCUCUUUUACCGCUUGUCGCUGAGCGAAAUGUUUGUCCCGUACGGUGACCCUCGCGCCCCGUAUGCCCGCAAGGCCGCGUUUGACCUUGGCAACGAUGGUGCUGGCAUCAACGCCAACAAUCUCCGGCUUGGAUGCGAUUGCCUGGGCACCAUUGCGUAUUUCGAUGCCCAUCAUAAUACGCCGGCGGGUGAGCCCAUGAAGCUGCCAAAUGUUGUGUGCUGCCAUGAGCAGGAUGAUGGCAUAUUGUGGAAGCAUACCAACUUUCGUACCAAGAACCCCGUGGUUGCGCGCUCCCGGAUCCUGGUGCUACAGACCAUCAUUACCGUCAGCAACUACGAAUACAUUUUCGCGUGGCAUUUUGGGCAGGAUGCUUCCAUCGUGUACGAGAUCCGAGCGACGGGUAUUUUGUCCACUGUCCCAAUAGACUUGGACGUGGAAGAAAAAGUCCCGUACGGCACCGUCGUGGCACCAGGCGUCCUCGCACCCUAUCACCAGCAUCUGUUUAGCUUGCGCAUCGAUCCUGCCAUUGACGGACACACAAACUCCCUUGUCGUUGAGGAAUCCACGCCUCUCCCCAUCAAUGACCCAGCCGUGCACAACCCCUUCGGCAUCGGCUACGUGACCGAGCAAAAGACUAUCGAAGAAGAGGGCGGCUUCGAUCUCGAUUUUACCAAGAACCGUGUCUUCAAAUUCGUCAACGAGAGCAAGAUCAACCCCAUCACCGGAACACCCGUCGGAUUCAAGCUGCUGCCGUUUUACAGCCAAAACUUGCUCUCGCACCCGUCGUCAUUCCACGCCAAGCGCUCCGAAUUUGGCGACCACGCCGUCUGGGUCAGCCGCUACCAGGACGCGGACCUCUUCCCGGCGGGCAAGUACACCAUGCAGUCGACGGGCGGCGACGGACUGGCGUCGACCAUUGCCCGGCGCAGGGAGACGCACACCGCAGAGUCCGUUCGCGACCAGGAUAUAGUCAUCUGGCACACGUUUGGAUCGACGCACAACCCGCGCAUAGAGGACUGGCCCGUGAUGCCGAGUGAGAAGCUUAUGGUUGGGCUGAAGCCAGUCAACUUUUUCUCAGGGAAUCCGGGAUUGGAUGUUGCUCCAUCGACGCAGGACAAGAAUAAGAGUGUUUUGUACUACGCAAUGGCGGAAAAGUGUGUGCACCAGGGCUGCGGCAAGCUCUUCACCGACGCCACUGCAGAGUGCAAAUACCACCCUGGGCCGCCCGUCUUCCACGAGGGACAGAAGGGAUGGAAGUGCUGCAAGCCUCGCGUCCUUACGUUUGACGAGUUCAUGGCCAUCCCCCCGUGCACAGUCGGUGUGCACUCGACGACGGACAAGCCGCCCGAGGUGGAGGAGAAUAAGCCCAAGGAAGAUGACGCCGCGCUGGCCCAAAAGAUUGCUGAGCUGUCUGCCGGUCCGCGGCGCACGCCCAUCCCCACGGCACAGGCGCACGCCCCAACGCCGCCGCCGCCGCCCGAGUCCGAGUCCGACGACCCGACGCUCGCGAUCCCGGACGGCGCUACCUGCCGCCGGCGCACGUGCGGCAAGACAUAUACCAAAGGCGCGGCGCGCGAGGGCGAGUCGUGCGUGUACCACCCGGGCGCACCCAUCUUUCACGAGGGCAGCAAGGGCUACAGCUGCUGCAAGCGGCGCGUGCUCGAAUUUGACCAAUUCAUGAAGAUUGAGGGCUGCGCAAGCAAGGAUCGCCAUCUGUUUAUCGGCAGCGGCAAAAAGAACAAGGGUGGUAGCGGCAGCAGCGGCGAGGAGAAGCUAGAGACGGUCCGACACGACUUUUACCAAACACCGGCAAACGUGAUUGCGUCAUUCUUUCUCAAGAAGAUCAACAAGGAGGCGGCCAAGGUCGAGUUCAGGGACAAAGUGGUCGCGCUGGACCUGGUGACGACGGACGCGCCGCCGAAGCGGUACACGGCCGAGGUGCCGCUCUACGGCGCCAUUGACCCGGUAAAGUCGACGCACAAGAUCCUGGGCACCAAGCUCGAGGUGACCCUAGCCAAGGCGGACGGCGCAUCGUGGCCGGUGCUGCGCGGAGACGAGGCGCUGACGGGCGAGAUAUUGCAGGUUGGCAGGGCUGGCAGGGCGUAA